ACUUCAAGUACAGCCAAGAUGAAGCUUUUACUUCUCAUCUCGUUAGUUACCGUUUGCUAUUCGUUUCCAACGUAUUUGACUAGAAAAUGUAGCGUUGAUAUAGAUGGAACAAUUACAAUCCAAGGAGAAAAUGGGAGACAGAUAACAGUGCACAGAAAUAGACAAGAUUUGAACAAGUACGAUGUAAUUUUGAGUUAUCCAUAUGGUAUGUUCCAAAAACACGUGGUUUUACAAGUGAAUGCCGAUGAAAUGAAUACGUUUAUUCAAUUAUUCUCGAAAUAUGAGAAUCUAAUGGAAGAAAAAACUUACAGGAGAUUAUCUGAAGAAGUACAUAUGUUAUACCGCGCUGGAGCUAUACAUCCAAAAGCUUAUAGCAUCUUACAAUUUUUAGAUCAUCAUCUUUUUUCAGAACAUGUAGACCAAGAAAUACUCAUUGAUAACGAGAGUACUCGAGAUAAUAAACGCCAAGAAGAAGGAGAAGAAAGAGCAAGAACUCCCAUUGAUCGUGUAAAAUGGCUCCAACGAAAAGUCGAAGAUUAUCAAGUACAUCAAGAUGAAUCUUUACAUCGUAUUAUGCAGACUUAUCUUCCAGAACAUUUCUUGGAUCAAAGAUCAAUGGACAGUUUUAAGCAAGUUUUAAAUGAUAUGCUGAGAGAUUUGGAACGCCAUGAAUCUUCAACCUUGACUCACGAAAAUAUCAGAUAUUUUAUCAAAAGACAUUUUGAAGAGAAUCGUCUGACGCAUGAAGAAUUCAAUAAUUUGGUUCAAGCACUACAUCAGCUGCAAUUUGAACAGUAUCCAUGGGAGAGGCAACAUAUGCAACAUAAUCAUGAAAGUGAUAGGGAUCAUUCAUUGGAACAUCAAAGAGAACCAUCUAAGGAAGAACGGAAUCAUGAAUAUUCUCAACGACAACAAGAACACCCAGCGACACGUGAUAGGCAACAGGAAUAUGAAAAUACCUAUCAUCCCGGACACGUAAACGACUAUAGGCAAUCAGCGGUUCCAAGAGAUGUUGAUCGUCAAUUCUGGCAUGAUUCCAAUAGAUUUACGGAUAUCUUCGGAAACCGUCGAUAUGUCGAUUAUUGAAAUUUGAUUUUUUGUCAUAAGAUUGAUCAUAUGUUGCGAUGUUGAUUAUAUUUUUCACGAUUUAUUAAUAAAUUGAGUUUUGAAAUA